CCUCAGAGCAGGCCAAUGCCUCACAUUGUGCCUGAAUGCCAGAGUUCGAAAACAUUUUCCCCAAAAGAGGAUUGCAGUUGUGAUUGGUCAUUACCAUCUGCCCUUGGAGAUGCUUCCUUUGAUUAUAUCCCUCCUCUUCCACCAAAAUCCUUUUUCAUUGGUAAUGCCUAUUCCCUUUCCCCUUUUAAGAGUUUGGAGGUAAAGCAGAGGAAGAAUCUUGUCCCACCCCUUAUUUCUUUCCCUUCCCCUUCCCCUUCCUUUUCCCCCUCCCCCACAGGCGGAGGGAUAAGGAGAGGGGGAGGAGCGCAGGCAUCCUCGGCGCUCAGCUGGUCAGGUCUGCCCCGAGCACUGGUUGGGCGGGGGGAGGGGGCGGGAAGAGAAGAGAACGUCCGGCCCAUCUCGGUACCCACAGUCACAGCAGCGGCCGUUUUUUUUUUUUUUUGGCCGUUGCCGCCGCGGCGAUCGUGUGCUCUGGGCUCGGCUGAGGCGGCCUGGGCCGACAAUGAAUGGCCGCCGCGGCUGCCGCUGCUGCUUCUGCUGCUGAGGAGGAGGAGACGGAGGAGGAGGAGGAGGAGACCCGGACCGGGACCGAGCCCGAAGCAGCAGCGGCGGCUGUGGGGGCUGAGACGAGGGCGCGAGGCGGGCGCGGGCCCGUGGCCCCAGAGCCUGGGAGCCAGAGAGGCCGGCGCAGGGCCCGGCCCAACACAGCGCAGCCCAGCCCGGCCCGUCCCGAGCCGGCGCAGCCCCGCUGGCCACCCCGGCCCCGGUCCCGGCUCCGGCUCUGGCUCCGGUUCCAGACAGACCCUGCAGAUGGAGAUCCCCAACUUUGGCAACAGUAUCCUGGAAUGCUUGAAUGAGCAGCGGCUGCAGGGUCUCUACUGUGAUGUGUCAGUGGUGGUAAAAGGCCAUGCUUUCAAGGCCCACCGUGCUGUUCUGGCUGCCAGCAGCUCCUAUUUCCGGGACCUUUUCAACAGCAGCAAGAGUGCAGUGGUGGAACUGCCUGCCGCUGUGCAGCCCCAGUCCUUCCAACAGAUCCUUAGCUUCUGCUAUACUGGCCGCCUCAGCAUGAAUGUAGGUGACCAGUUCCUCCUCAUGUACACUGCUGGCUUCCUCCAGAUCCAGGAGAUCAUGGAGAAGGGCACAGAAUUUUUCCUCAAGGUGAGCUCGCCCAGCUGUGACUCACAGGGCCUACACGUGGAGGAAACACCCUCGUCAGAGCCUCAGAGUCCCGUAGCCCAGACCUCCAGCUGGCCAGCUUGCAGCGCUCCACUCCCCCUUGUCUCUCGCGUCAAGACUGAGCAGCAAGAGUCAGACUCAGUUCAGUGCAUGCCUGUAGCCAAGAGGUUAUGGGACAGUGGCCAGAAAGAGGGUGGCAGCAAUGGCAGCCGCAAAAUGGCCAAGUUCUCAAACCCAGACCUAGGAGGGAACCGGUCCCAGCAGCCACAGCCCCUGGCACAGCAGCCUCAGCAGCAGCAGCAGGUGCCCCAAGGCAUGGCACCAACCCCAGUGCCCGCAGGGGCAGCGGGUAUGGGGAGCAGGCCCAGCACAUCAGAACGGACCAGUCCUGGGACAUCCAGCGCCUACACUAGUGAUAGCCCCAGUUCCUACCACAAUGAGGAGGAUGAGGAGGAGGAUGCAGGGGAGGAGGGCUCCGAUGAGCAGUACCGCCAGAUCUGCAACAUGUACACCAUGUACAGCAUGAUGAAUGUAGGCCAGACAGCCGAAAAGGUGGAGGCCCUGCCAGAGCAAGUGGUCUCCGAGUCCCGCAACCGAAUCCGGGUGCGGCAAGACCUGGCCUCACUGCCAGCUGAGCUCAUCAACCAGAUAGGCAAUCGAUGCCACCCAAAGCUCUACGACGAGGGUGAUCCUGCUGAGAAGCUGGAGCUUGUAACAGGCACCAAUGUAUACAUCACAAGGGCACAACUCAUGAACUGUCACGUCAGUGCGGGUACAAGGCACAAAGUCCUCCUUCGUCGGCUCCUUGCCUCCUUUUUUGACAGGAACACUCUGGCCAACAGUUGUGGCACAGGCAUCCGAUCUUCCACCAAUGACCCUAGACGAAAACCCUUGGACAGCCGGGUCCUCCAUGCUGUCAAGUUCUACUGCCAGAACUUCGCCCCCAACUUUAAGGAGAGUGAGAUGAAUGCCAUCGCAGCGGACAUGUGCACCAAUGCCCGAAGGGUAGUGCGUAAGAGCUGGAUGCCCAAGCGGAAGCCACUCGUGGCUGAGGGCGAUACAUACACGACCUUCAUCGAUGACACAGGCAGGAUAGAGCCUGACUUGAUGGGUGUGGAGCACGGCUUUGAGACGGCCAGCCAUGAUGGUGAUGCUGGACCCUCAGCCGAAGCCCUCCAAUAACCUUUCCCCUGCCCUGCCCGGCCUGGCCUCUCCUGGCCUGCACCCCCAUUCUCCUCUCCCUCUUCCCCAACCGCAGGCUGCCCUUUGGCAAGGGUUCCCUCUGCCUUUCACUUUGGACUUUGUUUAUUCUUUGGUUAAUGUUCCCCGCCCCCCCCCCCCGUUCUUGGUCCGGUUUGCCAGAGGGGAAGUGUGAUCACUGCACGCUGCUGUCUGUCCCAUUCUCCCCUCACCUGAAAACAGCGCCACUUCUUUCCCACGGGGCACAAGGCACCAAGGAGCAGAAAUCCAGGUGGUCUGUGUGGUCCUGUGGGGUGGGCUGAAGUGGGAGGUCUCACUGGUCUCCUCCUAUCCUGUUCCCCAUUUCAUGACAGGCACUGAGAGUGGCUGGGAGAGUGUCAAACAUGGUUUUGUUUCCUUUACUUUUUUUUAAACACACACUCAGAAUGAUCUAACUAUAUAUAUAUAUAUAAAGAGAGAAAUCUAUAGACCUAGAAAUAAUAUAUAUAUUAUAAAAAUAUUUACCAGGAAAGGAAAAGCAUGUUCGUCCUACAAGCAAGAGAAAAUGAGUAACAGACUGCCUCUCAGUGGCAAACACUCCCCCUCUCACCCCCCAAGUCAGUGCCCCAGUGGUAUCUUCAGGAGUGGGCACUGGAGAUUUGGACGAGGCCAGAGUCAGCCUCUGGCUGUCUUUAUACUUUGUUCUUCCAGGCCUCCAGUCUGCGUUUCUGCCCUUUUUCCUCCUCUUUCACAGAGCCUCUGGCUUUUUUCAUCUUCAUUCUUAGCCUACUUUUCCAAAACACCUUCUGAUCUAUUUAAUUUUGUUAUUGGGACAUCCUGUGGGAUAGUAAGGGCAACUGGUAGUAACUCCAUUUAACAGAGAGUAAAUGGAGGUGUUCCCUGACUUUCCACCCCCCUUUCCCCACCCAGGGAAAUUAGAUCUGCCCAAUGUCACAGCAAGGGAGUGGUGGGGUGUGGGCUAGAAAGUAGUCCUAGAGACAGUUCUUAGUUAUGAGCUUUCUUCUACCAGAUUCCUGCUGCUUUGGAUCUUUAACCUAUUUUGGUUCUUUCUAGAGGAAGGAACAGGCAGUGAAUCGGGGCACUAUUUGGGGGAAGGGUGUGGUGUGUGUGUGUGUGUGUGUGUGUGUGUGAGAGAGAGAGAGAUUUGCUUGAGUGCACAUGUGUAUGCAUGUAUUUCAGUGUAAGUGAAAGAGAUUGAAGUUCACUUGGGUGUGUGUGUGUUCGCUAGGGUAGGAAUGAUUCGAAUGGUUUUGCUCUGGCAAACACCAGACUUGUUUUCUCAAGAAUUGUUUCUUGGGGGAAUGGUGGAGCAGGAGGCUGGGAGGGGUUCACACUGAAGUUGGACCCCUUCCCUUUUGUGUACAUGAACCUGUCCUGAGAGCUGGGGCCCAUGGGGCUGUCCUCCACGUCUUUCCUCUAUCCGUACCUUUCCUCUGCCCCUGUUUCUGAAGCCCUGUGUACAGACUUUUAAAAAAUACCUUUUGUAGCAAGUGUUAAGUUCUUUGGAAAUAUCAAGAUCCUUAGAGUUUCCAAACCAAUACAAAUGUGACUCUUCACCUUCCACCCCACCAUGUCCUCUACCUCCCAGCCUGGAGGCCUGGUAGGCUUAAUUGGCUACUGGGAUCUAGAAGGUAUUGGGGGAACCAGGGUGGGUAGAAAUCUAUCCACAUACUAUGGGCUUUGUUGGUUUUUCUUGUAACGUGCCCUUCUCCCCUUUAUGGUCCUCAUUUCUGCUAGUCCAUGGCUUUCCCUCUGAGACUCUGGCAUGUCCAGCUUGGGCAGGCCCAACUAGGGGGUUAGUUCUCAUUGUUAAUUAUUUUGAAUAAGCUGAUUUGUGGCUAUUCCUUUUCCUUAAUGAAUAAGGAUAUUUUCUAGUUUGUUAUAUGUGAACAUGGAUUUUUUUUUGGUGGGGGGGUGCAUCUUUAUUUCAUUUUUAUUUGUCUCCCUUGUCUCUUCUUCCCCGUCUUUUCCCCUUUUGUUCCUCACAGACUCUCAGAGCCUGGGUGACCUCUCUCCCAAAGAGUUAGGGUGCUUAUGCCUUUUGGCCAAAUCCCAUGCUCUUUCUGAACCUCUCAUUUGUUCAGAAAUUUAGAGGUGGAGGGGAGGGACUAUAGGGGUCAUCUGAUUCAGUUGAGGUCCCUAGAAGUUACAUGACUUCCCCCAGGCAUGGCUAGGAUGAGAAGCUGAUUCCCAGUUUCAUAUUAUUUUCUCUCCACCCCACUGUCUCUGCUGGGUCUGGGCACAGGGCAGGUGCACCUGAGGGUACCUGCUGAGUUACUUCUACCUCCUCUCCAGACUUCAUUGGAGUGAUGCCACAUGAUCAGUGAUGGGUUUGGGGGAAGAGCAGAAACUUGUUUGACCUCUCAGGAUCCUAGCUUUGUCAGCAGCUCUGUCCAUCACCACCUUGGGUGCAUCUCUUUUUCCUCCUUAGCUAAUGAGUCAUAAGUAUUUAUUUACUUACUUACCAUUUGUCAGGUACAGACCUAAGAGCUGGAGACAGAAAGACAAAACAGUCCCUGCCUCAUAAGGAGUUUACUUUCUAAUGUAAAUAAUUCUUGGGCUUCUCUCUGCUUUAUAUUCCUUAGAGGAGGCAAAGUAAGAGCUGCCUGAGAGUCUGAAUGGCUGGACACUGUUCCUUAAUCUCCCCUGGGCUUUCUGGGUGUGAAUCAUUCUUUUUGGAAAUGCCUAGUGCUAUAGUUUGGGAUGAAACCAGGUGGUGGCCCUGACCUUAUUUUUCCUGCUAUUUUUGGAUAGGGGUCCGCUUGCAGGCAGUGGGAGAGAUUACUUACCCUUCUUAUCCUCUGACUGUGUUUUCUGCUUUCCAAGGACCUUGAGCAGGGCCCAGCAUGCCCCACAGUGCUAUCCACUAGGGUAGCUGCAAUGUCUGGUUCUAGAGAACCUGGCAAGCAGUAGUGGUGGUGGGGGACAUGCACUUUGAAGGAGCUCCCAUCCCUGGGUCCUCAAGACUUUGGCACAGUGUCCCUAGGAGAGAGCCCCUGGCUCAGUAAGAGAGGUUGCCGGUUACCUUUUGAAGAGGCCAUUUGAGGAAAAUAUACCCCCUUCCCUACUUCCUGAAGCUAGCCUAUUUCUGUCCGUCUGAUCUUUCCCAACCCCUCAGGAUAAAUCCUUCUUUUUAAAUGACUACUCAGUGUAGGCUAAGAGAGAGAGAGGGAGCAAAUUCCCCCACCCCAGCUGUGUACCCCCCAGUACCAGAGUCCUCUUGUGCUACAUUAUGUAUGUCCACUUCUCAGUCACUUUCCUAAGCCCCUGGGGAGGGACACGAGACCUUUCUUCCCCGAAUAUACAAGCACCUUAUCUGCCCUGCCACCCCCAAACUGUCCUAAUUCCUCUUCCCCAAAUCUCCCAAAGCACAAGGCCCCUCAAGGUGUUCUCCUAGCUAGGGUCACCUAUGAGGUUCUGGGACCAAAUUGGGGAAGGAGAGAUCAGUAAGGAGGGGAGGCAGAGUGGGAGCCCCUUCUCACCUUGGUGCCCAGGGUAGGGAGGAAGGACAGUAUGUGUAUCCCUUAUGUAUUGUGGCCCCUAAAUCCAGCUGUGAACUAUGUAGCCUGUGGAGCUGCCUGUCAUAUUAACAAGGGUUGAGAGGAGGAGAGCAGAGCACUGGGGCAGGGCCAGAGUUGAAAUUUAAAAUUGGGUUGUCUACCAGCCACCCUUCAGCACAUUCCUAGCCCCUGGUCCAGCUUAGGCUCUGGAGCCUUUUGCCCCCAAUACGAGCAGUGAGUGGGUGAAAUUCAGCCACACUGGGCCUGAGCUUUCAUGCAGCCUGAGUUGUGAUGGUUAUUUCAGAGUGUCUUGCUUUGCUUCCCUCCCCCUGCCCCCCCUUUCUGCAACCCUUAUUGGACCCCAGGUUCCUCCUUCCCUUUAGGCUUUGGCCUCUACUUCCAGGAAAAAAUUCACCAGGAUCUCCUACUUUAUACACCUGGAAGCUCGAGGGGGAGGUGUCAUUUAGCAAUAAAGGAGGCAGCUGGGUGGGGGGAAUAUGGAGAGAGGAGAGACUUCUGGAUUUCCAAAUUCCAUGGUUGUAAGCAGAUGUUUGUGCCAUGAUUGUGAGAACCAUAGACUUGGAGCUGAAAAGGACCUAGGAAUCAUCUUGUCCAGGCCCUAAUUGUACAGAUGCCAAAAGGUGCAGAGAGCCUGGAAUGGGCCUGAGGGAUUGUGCUGAAGUGGGCUGGGGAGGUGGGGCAGGGGAGUCAGCUUCUCCCAGGAGAGCCAAAGACAAGGGUUGUGCCUUACCAAAGGGGGGCUGCCCCCCUCUCCCCCACCCCCCCACCCCCAGGGUCCUGCUCUUCACUUUCCUUUCUCAAACAUCCCUCAUCUGAUUCCCCACCCAUUCACCUUUCUGCUGAGCUGCAUGGCCCAGGAAUGCUGGGUGCUUUCUGCUGAUGCUGCAGCUGUUUCUUCAUCAACCACCCCCAGAAGUCAGGUCCAGAAUCAAGUUUUCCACAAAAAAGGAAGAAAAAAAAAGAAAAAGGAAAAAAAAAAUUCCCCCAGACCCUGGGGCUGCCAGGAUUUGUCUGUGUGAAGUGCCAAUGACCUUGUGACCUUCAGAAAACACACACAAGGCUCCCCAGCCCCCAGCCUGCCUCACCCCCUGUGACCCCAGUAAUGAGGCUUGCACAUUAACUACUGUAAAGAGGAGCAGAGCUGGAGAAAUGUGAAUAAUGGGAAUAAUACUGAUAAGAAUAAACAAUGGCAUUUGUAA